AUGCUUUCCAGCCACUUGAUGGAUGCGGAAUUCCACUCAGCCCAUUCACCUGUGCGCAAGUUGCUGUCAGCCUCUGAUUUCACUGAAUUAAUUGCUAAAGUAUCUGAUGGCCCAAGGCACUCUCUGAUUAUUGACGUUUAUCAGGUGAAUCACGGUACUCCGCCAAUUAUCCUCAUUGUGACACCAAUCAUGCAACGUGUGAUGGAGCAACCACAAACAGCGGAAAUGAUCCAUUGUGAAAUUACCUCCGUCAGUGGAGUGGGAACUUGUACAUCUCUUCUUGCGAACUCAUUUUUUGGGACACUUCCCAUCGCAGUGAUGAUUCACAGCAAUAAGUCUAAAGACAACUAUCUUCGAGCAGUGACUCUUUUCAAAAAAUGUUUCCCCAACCCUUUUGGCGGCAAAAUGGAGCCGCAGGGAUUUAUUCUUCCCCCAUCUAUCCUUGUAAAGUCGAUAUUUCAGAAGUUUUGGCCCAAUGCUCGUCACCUAGUCGGUCUAUUUCAGUUCUCAUUAAAAGUACAAGAGGCUUUAAAAAAUCGACUUAUUCUUGGACUACAGUCGGAGCACAUGAAAAAAGCCUCUUCACUCUUUAGGCAAAUGAGAGACUCAAAGUCUGAGGCGGAAUUUGAAAAGUUCUACGAAGAGGCAUUCGAGCUUACUGACUUGCAGUCGGUGCGUGUGUAUUUCAGACAAUUGCGUGAAAGACGCUCUGAAUGGGCUCUCUACCUUCGCAAGCACUUGCUCACGCGUGGAAUGAAUAAUUAUUCAUCUAGUAGUUAUGUCGUAGCUUUGAAAAGUAAUCUAGCUGGACAGAACAUCUCAUCCGACCCCGUGGGUGUUGUUGAGAUUGUUGCCACUGUUGUCGAGCAAAAAUUGUUUAAUAUUAUCGGCGGAAAAGUGGAUAGAAGUGUUUGGUAUCGAGUACCCAAACCACUGCUUUACGCUUCGGGGAGUACAUCGAAAUGGAUUAUUCGACCUUGUAAUUCGGCCGGCGAAGAAGUCUAUGGUGCUAACGUAAAUAGUUCGUAUUUCAAGGUAAAAGACAAGCUUUCCGGUCAAACGGAGAACAUUGUCAAUAUCUCAAUUGGAACAUGCACUUGCGAGGACGCUGACUACGGUGUAUACUGUAAUCAUCAGGCGGCUGCUGCCAGAGUUGCUGGAAUUUACCCACCGAAUGCAUAUGAGGUUAACCGCGAAGAUGUCACGUCCUACUUAAGAUUUGGGACCUCUGAAAAAGAGAAGAUAUCUCCUCUUUUGUCCUCAAUAGCUUCACAACUGGGAACAAGAGAGCAAGCAUCUGCAUCGGUAGCAAAGCUAAUCAAUAAGCCCAGACAGAAGCGCCCCAAACGGCCACCUAAAACCAGUGCUGUCAAGUCCUUUGGAUCAAAUAGACACCUUGCGGAUUCGACUUCACCUAGACGUCAUACUUCGAAUUCAUCAUACAACGAGAGCCCUACUAAUUUCCCUGUCGCCUCAAAUUCUCACUAUACCAAAGCCAAAGUAGGUAGAUUCUCUCACCGCGCUACAGGUCCUCGUCUCUCCGAC